UCAUUCUUUCGGUUGCGGGGUUCUUCCGUUCCGGUGGUUCCCAAGCGUUCGUCUUCUGAGCGUCGUUCUGCCCGUUUUGCUUGUCUGGCUCGCGACAUGCCCAACUACGAAUCAUCCAAUCCUUGCGGUGGCUGUCGCACUCGUUCCCUUCGCUGCGUGAUUGACCGUCAUUCUGGGUUCUGUACCGAGUGUCUCGCGAGUACCCGCAAGUGUGACAAGGUGGUGACCGCUGAGGAUUUCGAUCGUGCUGGUCGCAUGUUGGCCGAUUUGCGUCGUCAAGUUGACGAGGCCGAUGCUGCGGUUCUUCGUGCGAAAGAGUCCGCUCAUGAGGCCCUUGGCCGUGAGAUUCGUCUUCGCAAGCAGCUUCAACUAGCGGAGAAGCGAUAUGCCGACUUGGCUGAGCGUGAGCGAUUGUCGAUCGAGGAGUUGGAACAGAUGCAAGCGACCGAGUCCUCGCCGUCUGGUCCUUCCACUGCACCGAGUGGUUCCUCUGGGGACGCUGUCCCUUUUGACUUUGACGCUCUUUCUCCCAGUUGGGUUGCGAACUUUGACUUCGGAACUGGUCCAACAACUGUCGGCAGUUCGUCAAGUUCUUGAGUGGUUCCCACGUGUUGUCCUCUUCCGAGGAUUUCUUCUACUUCGUAUUCCUCUUCCUCUGCAGCGUCUGGUGCAACUGGUGUUUCUGUGUUCCCGUGUGCUGGUUCUAGGAGUUUCUUGUGAAAUACUGGGUGUAUCCUCAUAUUUUUUGGUAGGCCUAGU